AAAUUACAAAUGACAACUUGAUACCCAACAAAGUACGAGUAAUAAUUGGUAAUAAAUAAUAAUAAAAAACUUGCCUAUACAGGAGCCUAACAACGUCACAACGAGAAAAAUGAAAUAAAUUAUAUUUCUUUUAUUUUUGCGUUAUAUUUAGCCUAAAUGUAAUAUGAUGUAAUGUUUUGAAAAAGAAUGCAAAGGGUAAAACUAAGUUAUAAAUAAUGAACGAUAAAAAGUUUGAUACACUUUAUAAUUUUAAUUGUUAUCAGCUAAGCCAAAAAAAUAAUAAUAUAUCAUCGAAACUGAUUAAGUAACACUCAGUAGUGAAAGAUAUACGUAAAUGUCUUGACGAUUUGUGGUGAAUGAUCAUUCAAUUAUUAAAAAAGAACUUGAAUAAAAAUGGUUUCGCGUAAAAGAGUUUUUGAUUUGUUCAGAACUAUGAACGUUGCUUCAUGUCAAUGUCCAGCACAUAGUCAUACAGGAAACAUUCAGGUUUUGAAUUCAACACCGUCAAAGGAUUAUGCUUUUGAGAUUAAAUGUUCUACAGUGAGAUACGGGUUAGGUGUUACAAGAGAAGUUGGUUUAGAUUUACUCAAUCUGGGUGCAAAAAAUGUCUGUGUUAUGACAGAUCCCAAUGUUGUAUCUCUAAGUCCCAUGAAAGCAGUUCUCGACUCUUUGACAAAAAAUAAAGUUAAUUACAAAGUGUAUGACAAAGUUAAAGUAGAGCCAUCUGAUUCAAGCUUUAAGGAUGCUAUCAAGUUCGCAAAAGAAGGUGAUUUUGAUAGUUUUGUGGCAAUCGGUGGGGGCUCAGUUAUGGAUACUUGCAAGGCUGCAAACCUGUACUACUGUGACCCCAAUGCAGAAUUUCUUGACUAUGUUAAUCAACCAGUUGGCAAAGGAAAGCCAGUUAAAGUUCAACUGAAACCAUUAAUUGCGAUACCAACAACAAGUGGAACAGGUAGUGAGACAACUGGUAUGAGUAUAUUUGAUUAUGAGGAAAUAAAUGCCAAGACAGGUAUUGCACAUACAUCAUUACGGCCUAUUCUGGCUCUAAUAGAUCCUCUUCAUACACUCACGGUACCAAGAAAUGUGGCAAUUUAUUCUGGAUUUGAUAUAUUUUGCCAUGCUCUUGAAAGCUUCACGGCAAUACCAUAUACAGAAAGAGGUCCUGUUCCGGAGAAUCCAGCUCUUCGUCCUGUUUAUCAAGGGAGCAAUCCAAUAUCAGAUGUUUGGUCUCGGUUUUGUUUGCAGGCGUUACGUAAAUACUUCAACCGUUCUGUGAACAAUCCUGAUGAUAUCGAAGCACGGUCGAGCAUGCAUCUUGCAGCGACAAUGGCUGGAGUAGGUAUUGGCAACGCUGGCGUUCAUUUAUGUCACGGUCUUGCUUAUCCAAUUGCUGGAAACGUCAAAGAAUUCGUGCCUGCAGAUUACGGAACUGAUCCAAUCAUACCUCAUGGAUUGUCAGUAACAAUGACAGCACCAGCAGUGUUCCGUUUCACCUCAGUCAGUGACCCUGACAAACAUCUCGAAGCAGCUGAACUAUUGGGGUCCAAUAUAUCAGGAAAGAAACAGGUAGAUGCUGGUAAAGUACUCGCCGAUACUAUAUUGGAGUAUAUGGAGAAAAUGAGCAUUGGAAAUGGAUUAUCAAGUUUAGGUUACACUUCUGAAGAUAUUCCGAAACUGGUCAAAGGAGCUUUACCUCAGAAACGCUUGCUUCAGAUAGCUCCAAUACAACAAUCUGAAGAUGACUUGACAAAACUUUUGGAGGAUUCGCUAACCAUAUACUAAACUAUGUUAAUGAAAAAUUAAAAUAAUAAUUUGUUACUAUUGUUACCAAUUUAUUUACUGUUAUCAAUAAAAGAAUAUAACAA